GUGAUUUGGACGGCCUUUGCAUUCAGGGCGGUCAAGCCUCAGACAUACACAAUCAAGGGAUAAUAGGGUUUGGUGGUGGCUGUAGCAACUAUCUCAGGCGCACACCGACAAUAUCGUCUGCUCAAGGAAGACUUAGCCAUCUUGCUAUCCUUGGGAAUUCACAGAGACACCAGAAAGCUGAUACACGCGGAACCUGAAACGCAAUGACGACCAAGACUCAGGAACCGGAGCGAGCCACGAUCAGCUUGACUGAUCUCAGCAAGCACAACACCAAGGCAGAUUGUUGGAUAGCAGUGCACUCGAAAGUCUGGGAUAUCACUGACUUCAUCAAUGACCAUCCAGGAGGCCCGUCGGUCCUUCUCAAAUGUGCCGGUUCAAAUGCCACAAAGAUCUUUGAUGAGGUCCACGCACCGGACAUCCUCGAGGAGCUCCCUGACGAGAAGCUCGUCGGGGUUUUGCAAGACGCCACUCCUGACGUUCCUGCAGCUUCAUCACAGUCAGGUGGCACGAACAGCACAACAAAAUCAUCUGCAGAGACUGUGCAAACAGCAUUCACGUCUACCCAAGAACAGAAUGCCAUACCGCCACUCGAUUCCAUCAUUGGGGUGCCGGAUUUCGAGGUUGUCGCUUCCAAAGCACUUACGCCAAAGACGUGGGCUUUCUACUCUUCUGCAGCUACGGAUCUCAUAACGCACAAGAACAACAAGGAGCUUGUGAGACGCAUCAUGAUCCGGCCGAGGAUCCUGAGAAACGUAUCCCAUAUCGACAUGAGGACGACUAUCUUGGGUUUCGAGAGCUCGGCCCCUUUCUUCAUCUCGCCCGCCGCCAUGGCGAAGCUGGUGCAUCCUGACGGCGAGUUAGCCCUGAGUCGAGGAGCGGCAAAUGAGAAUAUCAUUCAAUGUAUUUCGAGCAAUGCUUCCUACACUCUCAAGUCCAUCGUCUCGGCUGCUCCGCCCACGCAGCCCUUCUUCUUCCAGCUUUACAUCAACUCCGAGCGCCACAAGACGAUAGCGAUUCUUCGUUCUGCCCGUGCUCUGGGUAUUAAGGCAGUCUUUGUGACCGUGGACGCACCUGUCCCCGGCAAGCGGGAGGCGGAUGAGCGUGCCGCCCAAGCAGGCACCAUCCGAGCUGCCAUCAGCGGCGCCGAAAGCAGCAAGGACAAGAAGGGCAGCGGUCUCGGACGUUUAAUGGCUCAGUAUAUUGAUAAGUCCAUCACCUGGGAGGACCUCUCGUGGAUCAGAGAAGCGAGCGGCGUUCCCAUUGUUCUUAAAGGCGUCCAGACGGCGGACGACGUCAGGCUAGCAGUCGAGUAUGGUGUGGACGGAGUACUUUUGAGCAACCACGGAGGUCGAUCUCUGGAUGGAUCGCAAGCCUCCAUUCUUGUCCUGCUCGAACUCCGAGAGCAGUGUCCUGAGAUUUUCGACAAGCUAGAGGUUUAUAUCGACGGUGGCUUUGAGCGCGGGUCGGAUAUACUGAAGGCCAUUGCACUUGGUGCCACAGCAGUCGGUGUGGGCAGGCCGUUUCUGUAUUCUCUUGUCUACGGCCAGCCAGGCGUAGAGCAUCUCUCUCAGAUCCUCAAAGACGAGCUUGAAACCUCGAUGAGGCUUUGUGGUAUCACCAGCCUCAGGCAGGCAACUCCUGCAAUGGUGAACACUCUGGAUGUCGAGUACUUGGUGGUUUCGGAGGACCGAGCUAGACAAAAGAAGCCUAUGGGAAGACCACGGUCGAAGCUCUAACGUGUUGAUCAGUAGAUUAUCGUUGGUCCUACUCUUUAAAACGUGUUUUCACAGUACUAGCCUGAAAUAAGUGUCGUACAUUUUCAAAAAAUACGAACCAAUUUUCCUAUAGAAAAGAUCAUUUGCUACCUUUACGGAUAAUUUUGUUUUUAAUAUCGAAGAGUGAAGUAUGGUGAUACAGUGAGACAUCAAUUGAGUCUUCAAGACAUGGCAACUGCAAAGAGUGAUAUUCUCUGUUUCCACGAAGCCUGAAUAUUCGCACGUUUCAAUAAGUUGUCAAUGAGGUAGAUGGAUUGUGUCUUGAGUCGACACCUGUAUGUUUCUACCGUCUCUAUCAUGGCUCGU